AAUUAAACCACUCGAUGUGGCAGCACUGAAUAAACCGCCAAAAAAAGUAAAACUUCAAAAGAUCGUACGAAAAAAAGCCGUUUUGUUUGUUGUGUUUGGGUUUUGGAAUUCUGGAUACUACAAAACUACAAAUCAAUGCUCUCCGCUACUUUUUACAAAUAAAUAAAACGAUUUAAGCUACCAACUUAUCAAAUUAUCAUCAUGUCUAGUGUAUCAGUUACUUCGAGUAAACGAGAGUUGAAGACUUCAGAGCUGACGAUGGAAAUAGAAGCCGUGCGAGAGCUCAACUCCAGCUUACGGACGUAUCUAGAACACCUCAGAUUAUUCAAGAAGAAUUUACUAACAAUGAACAGAAAUUCUAAAGAGCUCAACAAAGUCAACACCCAGUGGAUUGAUAUGUUGAAUAGUAAAUAAGUGUGGUAAAUAAGUUACUGUGAUGUUAAGUACAUGUAAAUAUGUUUUGGGUACUGAACCAUCCUAGUUUACUUAAAAUUUGUGCCAUGCGGUUACUGACAAUAGGUAGUUUUUUCUCCAAGUAUUUUACUUAAUUUUGAGUUACUGAAAUAGUGUAAUUUUAACAAUUAUUUUUAUUUAAAAUCACAGUAAGUUCAUAUUUUUAUACUAUGCAUGUCAUGUGGAUUGAGUGAUCCUUGCUUCAAUCUUAAUAAAUAUUGAGGUCUAAAAUAUGUCAAAGUAUUGCGGUGAAGUAAAAAAAAUUGCACAUGCACAUUGUAUUGUUCAGUUCAUUACAUGAUAUCAUUGCUCCACUGAGUGAUAGCUUUUGAAAGAAAGAAAAAAUAUUCACUUAUUUUGGUUCUUUAUGUAUUUUGAUUCACUAGUUCUGAUAAACCAAAUAAACUAUUUUUGUGUUUCUUACAAAUAGAACUUGUUAAUUAAUGUGUAAUAAAAACUACAUUAUUACAAA